UUACAAUGUCUGGUUAGGCCAAAGAGCCUACAAAAGGUUACCUCCAACAAGUGAAACGCCAGACAGGCAGGUACCGACUACAACAACAACACAUAAGAAAGCAUCAUCCACGUUUGAUCUUCCUGUCCCUUCUAUCAAAGCAUAUAUGUUUCUCUCUCUAGAAAAAAAGAAGAAGAAACUUGGUUUCCUUUUAUCUCUCUACUCGGGGGAAAACAAGGAAAAUUCACGCACCCUCUUCAAAAUCACCCAACUUUUCUUCAAUGGCCCAGCUGGACCAAAAUUUAUGUACAAGGAAAAACAAAAAAGAAAGGAAAGAUAGGGAGACAACGGUGAUAGCAAGAGGAGAUAUAGAUGCAUUCAAAAUGUCCUCCAAAUCAAUCCCACCUCACGAAACUCUGUCUUUACCAGAAAUACCCUUCUGUAAUCCCACCCCUGAAGAUCCCAUCUUCAUCUAUUUCUCCCAAUCUCACAAAAGAAACAAUUUUUACCACCGAGUUAUGUGGGCUUCUUUGGGAUUAUCUUGUUUCGGUCAGAGUUUUCACAGAGAAAACAGGGAGACGAGAACCUUACUCUAUAUCUUUCUCUUGUUUAGCUCUCUAAGAUGAAAGGAAUUGCUGUUCCUGCUGCAGUUAAGGAGUAUUCUCCUUAUGAUUUUUAUGAGGACAAAAGGGCACGGUUCAGGUAUCCGAGCCAUAUGGAAGAGUUUGAAGACUUGCACAAGGAAACGGAGUCCAUGAGAAAGAAAUUGCAGAUGAUGAAAGAGAAGAGAUCGACCCUGUUGGCUGAAGUCAAGUUUUUGAAACGGAGGCACAAGUUCUUGACGCAAAACCAAUCGUCGAACACCCCAUCAGAAAGACAAUUUUUGCAGCCACAGAACAUGGUGAUUAAAAGUAAAUCAAACAUGAAGGCAAAGAAAUCAACAGGGAAGGGUGCUUCGCUAAGCCGAGCUAUGGGUUUCGAUUUGAGCCAGAAGGGAAAGACGAACGGUGUAAAGGGAACCGGUUCCACUCGGCCUUCCCUUGUGUUUGACUUAAACAAGAAGCAUCAGAAGAGUUUCGGUGGAAAGGAGGAUCCUAAUUUGCGAAGUUCCAUAUCAGUUCUUGACUUAAACCAAAAGGAAAGGUUUUACAGUGGAAAAGAGGCCGCUGCUCGAAGCAUGAAACCUAUUUUUGACUUAAACCAGAUUUCGAGAGAGGAGGAAGAACUAGAAGCUCAAACUAAUGCAGCGAGAAAAGAGGAAGUGAAAAGUUCAAUCAGAAAGGGGAGUGAGGAGCAGCACAGUGAUAUUAAAAUAUCAGCCUGCAGGAACACUGGAAAUGGGCCAAAUAGAAGCAGGAAAAGAAAGAUCUCAUGGCAAGAUCAGGUGGCAUUGAGGGUUCAAGUCCCUUGCAAUACAAGUGCUUACUGCUUAGUUUGAGGGAUUGAAAUACUAGUGAGUUUAGCCACCCUCCUUUUUUUUAAAUUGCUCUUAUGUGGUUAUUUUCUUCAUUUGAUCUCUUAUGUAAAGAAAAUAUAGUUGCAUCUAUUGGAUUUAUAAAGAUAAAUAUAGUUUACUUGCAUCAUGAUCCAC